AUGGGUGUUCUCCUCACCCAGCCCACCGAAGAGUCUGACAAUGGUAGACCUAUUAGCGCUCCAAUGUCAGAGUCGCAUUUCGGCAGCAUACCGUUCAUAGACCCUGUCCGCCGCGCGAUCGUUGAGAGGAAGCUGACAAGAAAGUUGGACGCACGAUGCAGUCUCUUCGUCUUGAUCUACAUCACCAACUACCUAGAUAGGAACAGUAUACCAGCAUCACGCCUUAAAGGCCUUCAGGAUGAUCUUGGAUUAAAUGACACCCAAUAUGCGACUUGUCUAGGUAUUCUGUAUCUUGGAUAUAUCCUAAUGCAGGUCCCAUCCAAUAUAGUGAUCAACCGCAUACAGCGGCCGUCAUGGUACAUUGCCUGUGUAGUGCUGGUUCGGGGACCUAUAUCAACACUGUCUGGAAGCACGUACAACUUUGCCGGCAUGUUCGCUGUGCGAUUCUUCCUCGGGAUCGUUGAGGCAGCCUUCCUCCCCGGUGUCCUCUUGAUCCUAUCCAAGUGGUAUACACGCCGCGAGCUCACCACGAGGACUGCGAUCCUCUUCUCCGGCAACUUGAUCUCCAAUGCCUUCUCAGCACUUAUAGCCGCUGGUAUCUUUUCCAAUAUGCAAGGUACACUGGGUCAUUCUGCCUGGCGCUGGCUUUUCUGGAUUAUAGGCGCUGUUUCUAUAGCUGUUGCUAUAGUAGCAGUAUUUAUCCUGCCUGAUCUACCACAUAACUCAAGGGGGUUCACCGAGGAGGAGCGACAGGUUGCACAACUGCGUAUUCUUGAGGAUGUUGGAGAGGCUGAUAGGGACUUAAAAGAGGAGGGCAUCUUCCACGGUUUCAACUUAGCCAUCAAGGAUGUCAAGAUCUACAUCAUGAUGGUUACUUUUACAGCCUACGUUAUUGGCCUUUCCUUCAAUGCCUUCUUUCCCACUCUGACUGCGACAUUGGGCUUUGGGUAUGUUCCUACUCUUUUGCUGAGUUCGGCACCAUGGGUGUUCUCCUGCGUUGUAUCAAUCAUCAAUGCCUGGCAUGCUGAUAGAACUCAAGAAAAGUUCUGGCACAUUUCCGGCCCGAUUCUCGUCGGUAUGGCCGGUUUCAUCAUUUGCAUGUCGACCCUCAAUGUAGCCGCGCGAUACAUUGCCCUCUUCCUACAGACGAGCUCUUAUGCCGGCUUCAUCGUCUUCUUCUCUUGGAUCUCCUCAUCUUUUCCCCGUCCGCCGGCCAAGCGCGCUGUAGCUAUCGCGAUCAUUAACGCCUUUAGCCAGUUGGGUAAUAUUGCAGGCUCUUAUGUGUGGCAGCUCGAGGAGAACGGAUUCCGCAAAAGCUAUGGGAUAGUGCUCUCCAUGUUUGGCACCACAGUUAUUGGAUGUUGGGUCUUCCGUAUGAUACUCGUCAACUUGAACAAGAAGCUCGAGGCUCGCGAGUCAGCUUGGGAGGUGAGGCAGAGUACCGGGGCAGAUAAAAUUGAGGUCGGGGCUUUGGAUAAUACGGAUGAGGCGCCAAGGAUGAAAGGCAACUUUCGUUACUUGAUCUGA